AUGAGCGAGAACGGGAGAAAAUGUGACAAUCGAAGACACAUCCGACCGUUGUCUCUGUUACCCUCCGUCUGCAGCACUGAUGCUUCCAAACCGGAAGUGCUUGAAUACAACGGAAAUGCGCAUCCAUGUUGGAAAUUCAUGCUUUAUGUAGCCAGCAGAAAUAGCCGGAAGUUGAUGCCAUGGUCGCUCGAGGAACGAAGAUCGGUUCUGUUGUUUUUUUCUUUCCUUACCACCGGAAUGAAUGCUUUCAGUAGCAACCAAAGCAAGUCUGAACUGGUGGAACGAUCUAUCUAUCUAUCUAUCUAUCUAUCUAUCUAUCUAUCUAUCUAUGUCUGUUCAUUGUAUGUAUGCAUAUAUCUCAGUCUGUUCAUAUCUAUCUAUCUAUCUAUCUAUCUAUCUAUCUAUCUAUCUAUCUAUCUAUCUAUCUAUCUCUGUCUGUUCAUUGUAUGUAUGCAUAUAUCUCAGUCUGUUCAUCUCAUCUAUCUAUCUAUCUAUCUAUCUAUCUAUCUGUCUGUUCAUUGUAUGUAUGCAUAUAUCUCAGUCUGUUCAUAUCUAUCUAUCUAUCUGUCUCUGUCUGUUCAUUGUAUGUAUGUAUAUAUCUCAGUCUGUUCAUAUCUAUCUAUCUAUCUAUCUAUCUCAGUCUGUUCAUAUCUAUCUAUCUAUCUAUCUAUCUAUCUCAGUUUGUUCAUAUCUAUCUAUUAA